UCAAUCUCUCUCUGUGCGGCCGUCACGCCGGCGACGAGUGCGACGGCGGAAGGGAAUAUCUAAUUGUGGUAGCGGUAUCUUAUUCACUCGUUACCAUUCACCGCCUCCGCUUCCGACAAUCCAUCUCUCUCAAAAACGGAGAAGUCGGUGAGCAACAGGCGUUUUAUCCUUGUACCCUUUCUUCGUUUCUUCAUGACAAAUGGUUUUUGGCGAAUCGUACUGUAUGAUGGUUAGAAUCAUAAAAUAAAUGGGUCGACAUUAUACCACGCAUUGCCAUUAGAAAACGUUAAGGUCUUCGAUUUUGCUGACCGACCUUUGGUAGGACAUUUCACUUAAAAGACUACGUUCUUCUGUUUUUGACUGGAUGGCUUGUAGACAAUAUUUCUUUCACGAAAGAUUCUCCAUGCAAGUGUAUUUCUAGUGUUUCAAGGCUAACAUCUUGAUUAACCUUUGAAAUUUGCCACCUUAAAACCGUUGGUGGCUGGCUAGCUCAUGAAUUCGGGUAAUGCCUUUUGGCUGAGGUUUAAUUUUGGAUUAUAUUCCAGAAAUCUUAAUUCCAAAUCCUAUUCUAUACUUGCAAUAGAUCAGGAGCUCAAUUCUCUAUUAAAAUCAUGCAAAAUGUUUUCUGAAACCAGUCAAAUCCAUGGCUACAUGGUUAAGACUGGUCUUGACAGAGUUCCUUUCAAUUUGAGCAAGCUCCUAGCCGCUUCCAACCGUGAUAUAGAAUAUGCAGCAUCCAUUUUCAGUUCUAUUCAAAACCCAAAUCUUUACAUGUUCAAUACAAUGCUUAGAGGCUAUUCUGUCAGCGAUUACCCAAGACAAACUUUCACGUUGUUCAACAAUUUGAGGACUCGAGGAAUUGUUCUGGACCAAUUCUCUUUUAUCACAACACUCAGAGCUUGUGGUCGAGCGUCGAACACUGGCAUAGGCCAAGGGAUCCAUGGAAUUGCAUUGAGGUCUGGGCAUACGAUGUUUAUUGAUGUGAAGAAUAGCCUUCUGCAUUUUUAUUGUGCUUGCAAAAGAAUUGGAGAUGGCCAUAAACUGUUUGAUGAAUUUCCAGCAGAAAACGACUUGGUUUCUUGGAACACCUUAAUGGGCGGUUACCUUCUUAUAUUUCAGCCUUUUAUAGUUUUGGAUUUGUUCAGAAAAAUGUGUUGUGCUGGGCUUAAAGCCAGUGUUGCCACUAUCUUGUGCCUUUUAACUGCUUCUGGCAACAUAGCAAAUUUUGUUAUAGGAAAGUCACUCCAUGGGCAUUGUAUCCGAAUCGGCUUUGGCUCUGAUUUGAAUGUGCUCACUGCUUUGAUUGAUAUGUAUGCAAAAACAGGGCAUAUCUAUCUGGCACGUAAAGUUUUUGAUGGACUUGCUGAAAGGGAUGUUGUCUUAUGGAACUGUUUAAUACUUAAUUAUGGGAGAAUUGGUCUGGUAGAAGAAGCACUGUCUUUAAUAGAGCAGAUGCGACUUCAAGGAGUAAAACCUAAUUCAUCCACCUUGUCAGGUUUGCUUUCAGCUUGUCCUGCAUCUGGAUCUAUAGAGGUAGGACAAUAUGUUGCCAGUUACAUAGAAGAGGAGAAACUAAAAUUGGAUCCAGUUAUGGGAACUGCUCUUGUUGACAUGUUUGCUAAAUGUGGCUUUCUAAAUAAAGCUUUGGACAUUUUUGAGAGGAUGGAAAGUAAAGAUGUGAAGUCUUGGACAGCCAUGAUAACAGGUUAUGGGGUUCAUGGGCGGCCAACUAAUGCCUUUAAGCUUUUCAAUAGGAUGGAGAAGGAAGGGUUUAGACCAAAUGGAGUCACUUUUCUGGCAGUUUUGAGCUCUUGUAGUCAUGGAGGUCUUGUGAUAGAGGGCGUGUCAAUUUUUGAGAGAAUGGUUAGAGAAUAUGGCAUUUUACCUCAGGUUGAACACUAUGGAUGCCUCAUUGAUCUCCUAGGUCGAGCAGGAAUGCUGGAGGAAGCACAUAAACUGAUUAAGAGCUUGCCCACCGAGAGUGAUGCUACUGCUUGGCGUACACUGCUUGCGGCUUGCCGAGUCUUUGGGAACAUUAAAUUGGCAGAGUGUGUGAAAGAAAUGUUGAGGAAAAUGCACGAGGAGCAUCCUGCAGAUUCCCUCCUCAUAUCUAGCACUUAUGCUGUCGUUGGAAGACUCUCAGACCUUUCAAGAAGUGAAAAAUGGAAGGAAGCAGAUUUUGUGAUGGAAAAAUAUGGUACAGUUGAAAUGAAGAGAGAAAAGAUGGUUAAAGAGGCUGGACUGAGCACAAUUGAAUUAUAUAAUCGGGAGUGAGACUGUGAGACUGCCAUACUUUCAUCCGCAAUUUUUGUCUUGCCGAGUGGUAGCCCUGUGGGGUACCGAGACCCCUCAUGACGUGUUUGAGCCUGAAUGUUGGGGGGCAUCCAGCCAAAGAUAUGGUAGACCAGUUCAAUGGUUUAUUAACUUAUUGCUCAAUCUGGUUCGGUCUCUGCUGGUUUGAAAGUAUUUUUCUGACCACUCAGGUUUAUUGAACCACACUAAUUUCUUAACGCACCUGGAUCAACAAAAUUAAGUGAGCCUUCAAGACUUAUCAAGGACAAAUGUGCUCCUCUGUUCCCAGAGCCUCCAGAAACUAACAAGGACAGAUAUGAUCAUCCGGACCUGGAGCAAGUGAAUGCUACAGCGGUUGAUGGAUGAAAAGGCCACACUCGGUGGGAUGGGGCAAUUAUUAUUUAGGCCGAAGAUGGGACCCAGAGUUCAAGGCAACUCUUGAUGUUCAUCUGUCAGGCAGGUUUUGGACUUGUGGUCAAUUAAUUUGGGUAUGCCUUUUAUCCUCAAGGUUUGUGAUUUUCUCCAUUAUAAAAGUGUUAAUUUCCCUCUAAGGCUUCUUCUUCCUUAGAAGCUUGUUAAUUGGCAUGUAAAUCAGAAGACAACGACUUUACAUUUUGUGAUGUUGACGAAUAUUGACCGUAUUUGACUUGCGUUU